CUUUUGUGGUGUUUUAGGUUACAUUCCAGCUGCAACUUCUGAGGAUGUGGAACUCGCGGUGGAAGCUGCUAGGAAAGCACUUACAAGAAACAAAGGAAAGGAUUGGUCUAAAGCAUCCGGGGCUGUUCGUGCCAGAUACUUACGUGCUAUUGCAGCUAAGGUAACGGAGAGGAAAUCUGAACUAGCUAAUCUUGAGGCUAUUGAUUGCGGUAAACCUCUAGAUGAAGCAGCAUGGGACAUGGAUGAUGUUGCUGGAUGUUUUGAAUAUUAUGCUGACCUAGCUGAAGGCUUAGAUGCAAAGCAGAAGGCUCCUCUUUCUCUUCCGUUAGAUACUUUUAAGGGCUACGUUCUCAAGGAACCCAUUGGUGUAGUUGGGCUGAUUACUCCAUGGAAUUAUCCGUUACUGAUGGCUGUUUGGAAAGUCGCUCCUGCACUUGCUGCUGGGUGCACGGCAAUACUGAAACCUUCUGAGUUGGCCUCCGUGACAUGUUUGGAGCUCGCUGAUAUUUGCCGCGAGGUGGGUCUGCCACCUGGUGUUCUUAAUAUUCUGACUGGUUUAGGAACUGAAGCAGGUGCUCCAUUGGCAUCGCAUCCACACGUUGACAAGAUUGUUUUCACUGGAAGCACGGCAACUGGAAGCAACAUUAUGACUUCUGCUGCCAAAUUGGUUAAA